AUGUUUGCGAAGUAUCUACUUGAAGGCUUUAAUUCGAUUGUGCAUGCAGUUAAAUACAAACGGUCAGAAUUCAAGGAUUUAGCAAUUUCCGGUUGUCGGUCGUCUGCGCAUACAACUCAGCGUCUAGCGUUCAGUCACGCUACGUCUCUAGCGAAGGCUGCCACGCAGAAAACUAUUAAACCAGCUGUUAUCACUGUCGGAGAUGAGCUGGUGCUCGGGGAACGAGAACACAACAACAACGAAAAAUGGAUGAUUAAAAUGCUAACGUCACGGGGGGCCGCUCCUCGAUUGUGCACACAGGUUGGCGAUCGUGUGGAUGACAUCGCUAGUAUUAUCGCGUUUCUGAAAAAGAGUGACUACUGGCCUAUCUUUGUGUCUGGCGGACUAGGUGGCACCCACGACGACAAGACCCGAGAAGGGGUGGCUACAAGCCUGAAUGUGCCCUGUGAGCGAAAUGAAGAGUGCUGGAAUAUUCUCGAUAUCAAGUAUAAGAAUCUGCCUGCUGGAUUUAACGAGCAACGGCAGCGCAUGUCGAGUUUGCCCAGAGGAUGCACUCUAAUUCGGAAUCCUGUAGGAGCUCCAGGUUUCUCCAUCGACGGUAUAUAUGCCUACCCUGGGUUUCCGCGUAUGCUUCAUCCGAUGAUGGAGGAAACUGUUAAUAGCCUCUUCCCUGAUAUUGUCGACUUCACAACCUUGGAUGUGCAUCUGGAAACCGUGGAAGCUGCUAUCGCGAAGGAAGUCGAGGAAUUCUCAGAGCGGUGGCAAGGGGUGGGUAGCAUUGGAAUAUAUCCAUCGAAUGCAUCUUUCGGAAUGGUCAAAUUAAGACUGAGGUACCCUGCCGACAAUGAAGAUGUACGAGCCGACUUCGAUGCAAUGGUGAAAGACAUGCAGUGUCGACUCGGGGUGGAAGCGUGAGAGGUGUCUAGUUAAUGCUCAUAAACGCGUAUAUGCACACAGAGAACUCGACAAAAAUACGAUGUAGAGAAAUGGUUUCCAAUGCCUUUUCAAUUCGCCGUUGCACGAAGUGCGAGAGCGUUUCAAUUCCAUUAUACCAGAGGACAUACGAUCAUCCAAAAUCAAACUCAUGUAUCCGGGAUUCCUUUCGCUUCCGUGAGACCUUCCUUUGGUCUGUCAGGUGCAGAUAUAACGUGCGAUCACAUUCACACAUGAAAUUUGGAAGUAUUCAUCUUGACAUUCACAAAUGCAAUUGCAAAUCGGAAAAUAAGCAUUUUUUUCUCGAUCGGGACACCUUUGUUGGAAAAGCCAAUAUUAAUGAGCAAGUAAUGAGAGCGAAGCAAUGUCCAAUAAGCUCGUGUUCGUCAUGAUGAACGUGAAGAAGGAUGCACUCGAUUAAUUGGCCUUUUAAAUUCCGUAUACUUGAGGAUGCUCGUGACUACUCCAACGACCUUAUAGAUUAAAAAACUAUACAAGCUUGUAUUUAUAAAUACUAUCCUCUAGAAUGGAUGAAUCUGU